AUGGGGCACCAGGUACUUCAUCAUCAUCAUGGAGUUCUGUCCCGAGGGGGAUCUCAAGGCAUCGACGGCGAUGGGCCAAUGGGGGAGGAUGCCAUCGCCCAACAUGCAGAUGCCAUAAACCAUCCGUCAGAAACCAUGGCUUCAGAAAAGAUCGAACAAGACUUCCUGAGUUUCACCGAGGACUGGGUGAGGACAAUCUUUGCUCAGUUGCUUCAGGCCGUCCAAUAUUUGCAUAGCAAAAAUGUGAUCCACCGAGACUUGAAGUCGCAGAAUGUCUUCCUCUCCCAGGAAGGUCACGUACGCCUCGGGGACUUUGGUCUUUGCAGGCACGCGCCGAGACGCUUGGGCAAUUCCACUCUGACACAUGCAGGCACUGAUUGCUACAUGGCACCUGAGAUGCUUUCCUCUUCGAGGUAUGGCAAGCCCGCUGAUAUGUGGUCUUUGGGCUGCAUCCUCUACGAGCUUUGCACUGGACAGUUCAUGUGGGAGCUGGAUGGCAUCCUGGGAGCACUGGUCAUGAAGGAUUCGCAUAUGGUGCAGAAAUUGGUGCAGAAAGAGAUCGCGCCUGCCGUUGGAUCAGAGUUGAAGACGUUGCUGAAGCGAUUACUCAAUCUGAAUCCUGCCUCGCGGCCGACAGCCACGAAUUGCAUCCGCAAGAAGCUCUUCAAGCGCUGGUUUCAGUGUUCCAAGGAAUCCUUUGGUCAGUCCUUAGGAGAGGUGGUUGAAGAACCACCCCUGGAGGUGGAUACCGCUUCGGACGGUUUAAGUAGCGUCUCUGAAGGAGAUCUGUCUGAAGGCGGUGAUGGCACCACUGGCAGCGGUAACGACACCGCUGCUGAAAGCGGCGACACUGAGACGGAGGCUGCGCCUCCGCCCAGCCCCUACUCGGUGCGCCGUUCGGACGGGGGAUCCCACGGGGGCGUGGACGAGGGACUUGCCCCGGAGACGCCGGAAACGGCGAGGCGGCAGCAAUUUCAGCAGAUCGUCCCAUCUUACCAUGGCGGAUUUCAAGCCGGUUUCGUCAUGGCGGAUGGUGUCCGAAGCAUUGGUGGCCUCAAUGGAUGCAGGCAUGAAGAGCCCAAGAGCCACCAGAGAGACCGAGUUCCAGUGGCUGAUCCACUGGACAUUGACGAGCCAAGAGCACGCACCGUGAUGGAGAAAAGCCCACAACUCGCCCAUGCCGAGGACGAUUGGAGCGACGACGCCCCGUGGACGGAGAGGUGGGGCCGUGCACAAAGUUCGGUAUUGCCCAAGGAACCCGUUGCGCUUGGCAGUUCGUUGGACAGUGCAUACCACAUGGGGCUGUUGGCGUCUGACAGCAGCGGCCACCCCGAUAGCACCUUUCACGAUGCCCGAGCACGACGCGAACGCGAGGUGCCGUACUUUAGCCCCUUCAUGGAGGAGCCUUUGGCCCCUGUCGCCUUCGAACCCGUAACGGUCAAUGGAGGCGGCGACUUUGGGUCGUGUGGGUCGCGUUGGCGUCGGCAAGGCGCCGCAAAUGAGGCGCUCUUUGGCACUGGUGGCACUGGCCUCAGGGGCGUGGACGGGAACCGCGAGUUGCGCCGGAUGAACAUGCUGGAUGAAAGGACAGCAAUGGCAAUGGUCAACGGACUUCUCAUACCACGCGAUGACGCGAAGAUCACAGGUUAUGAGCACCACUUCGUGACGAUGGCGGGGAAGAAGCAAAUAAGCCUUUUUGAAGCCGACGAGAACCAGACCAGACUUCAGUCUCGAGUCACCAGUGCAGCUUCGUCACCAAAAUGUGCGACUGAAACUGAUGUGACUGAUCACGACUCACACGACUCAGAAUCUCACAGUUGCAGAGAUAGCAGCGAGGCGGAAGAGUUUGAGGAAUUGACAAAAGAGAAGGCUUUGGAGUUGCAGCAGAAAUUGUUAGAGUCAUUUACAGCACCAAGUUUUCAGCUCAAAUUGCACGAACUUGGACGAAAGUAUCGAGCAAGUAAAGGUACGGAUCGCUUGGCACGUGUCGGUUUCAAGCAACUGGUGCGCAGCGCGCAGUUCCAGGUCAUCCCUGAGUACGGCUUUCGCUGCUCCGACGAAGGCGUCCAGCAGAUGUUGCAGGCGUUUCAAGAGUACAAGGAUGAUAGCGACAUCUUUGUGAACUCCACCAUCAUCAAAGAUGCCUUGUUCAGUGAGGCUCGCCAGUAUCCUGAACUUGCGCAGGAGGAUGAGUUUGCUCCCUUAGGCGCGAUCUGUGGCAAUAAGCCUCAAACUAAGAUCGGCAUCUUGGAGUUUCUUCACAAUCUCUACGUGCGUUACGCGGAUCCUGCAUUCCAGGACGAGAUUGAGUUGCUCAAGCGUGAGGCAGACCAGCGAGCUGGGCGUGUCUUGGUGCGUGGCUUUGUUGAGCCUAGCGUGACAGAAGACCCAGAUGGAUACUAUCAUUUGCCUGGACGUCAGGAAUUGGCCUUGGAGAUUCAACAAGAAGUGCUGCCUGUGUUCGGCUUCGAAGGAAACCGCAAAGGCGUGCGCGAGAUGAUCCGCUACUGUGCACCAUAUCUCGAUGACUUGGAGGUGCAGAAGAAGUUCGAUGCAAUCAACCUGAAGCUUGGUAUGACUCAAGCGGCGGCGUUGCGAUUUCGUAAACUUGUACAGGAAAUCCAGGGCACCUCUGUGCCGCUGCUCAUCGGGUUGGGGCGCGCCAACUGCUCUGCGCAUCCACCAGCCCUCUUCCACCUCGCCAAACCGUGA